AUCGCGAUGGGGGCCUGAAGAGGAGGGGGGGUCUGGGGACCUUGUCUCUCUGACCCUUCCUGGCUAGAAUGCUUCCUCCUGCCUCAGUUUCCCCGUUUCAUUAAUCGGAAGGGUUUUCCACCCUCCCACGAGAAACUUGACACUAACGGCUGGGGCACAACCAGAAGAUGCAGAGUGGAAGGGUUCUGCAUUCCGUCUAGACUCCACUUUCCACUUUCUGGGUUGCUACUCAGGAGGCUGAGGUAGGAGAGUUCAAAGUUCAGGGGCAGCUAAGCAAGACUUUGUCUCAAAAUGAAAUAAAAAGGACUGAGGAUGUGACCCAGCAUGUGUGAGGCCCUGGGUUCCAUCGCCAGCAUACCCCGCGCCCCCGCAACAAAAAUAGAAACAGGUUGGUAGAACUCUGAUUCCCGAGAAUUGGAAAAGGAAGCUGGGACGGGGUGCUGAAAGUAGUGCAAGAAUAAGCAGGGAGACCAGGAGGCCCUAGGGAAACAGGAAGUGCAGCUGUGGGGUCUAUGGCCGGGCCUCCUCUCCCUAGCUUGGCCAGCUUCAGUGCUUCUACUUCUGCCCCCAUCCUGGGCCCCUUCCUGUGCUUCUUGCCUUGUUGUGGCUGGUAGGUUGCCUUGGAGACGGGUGCUGGGGUAGUUAUCACUGCACUAGGGUAGAGCUGCGCCAUCCUGGGGCGGGUGGGGGCGAUAGCAGUUCCUAUCACCGGCAUAAAGCAAAGGUCAGACAGAAAAGUGUGAGUGGAGUCCCGGGGGACACCUGCGAAAGUAAAUAGGAAGGACAGCAGCAACACAGCUUCCUCCCUUCCCCAGUAACUUCAAUUUGGGAGGUGCUACCAGACUGUGAUCUACUGAAAAAGCUCCAAAAUAUGUCCUCAACAGCACACAUUCCAGCCACCACAUCUGAGUCUCUCUCCUGUCCAGCCAUCUUUCCUCCUCACCACCCUCUGCCCUACAAAAGGCCUAUAGCUCCAGAAAAACACGAUGGGCUGCCAGCAACACAGGGCUUCGAAUUUACCGAGGGAGAGGCUUGGGGGAAGAGUGGGGUGGAGCGACCAUAUGCAUGGCUAGAAACUAGCAGUUAGUGGUUUCCUCCCGUGCUUCCUCUUUUGUGGGGUAUCUCCUCCCCGGGGAAAGGCUCUUUUCUCUUCUCCCCAGAAAGACAGGGUAUAUUUGGUGUUUGAGCACUUGUAAGGAUGUAGAAUAACUGCGUGUGUGUGUGUGUGUGUGUGUGUGUGUGUGUGUUUGUGUGUGUGUGUGUGUGAAGCCCCUCCAGGGGCCCCCAAGUGUGCACACAGGACUCCUUGCUACUAAGGGGAGGUGACCAAAACAGCCCUUCUUCCCGGGGUCCUCUUCUGUUCCCUGUCAGUGUCCACCAGAAGCCCCUUGCACGAAGGUCUCUCUGGGAGAAGUUCAGGAAAAUGGGCCCAAUGUUAAGCUCAAACAGGUUUGGCAGCCUCUGCCCUGCCUGUUUUCUUCUACAGCUUUAUAGAUACAGCCGCCUCGAUCACCAGUAUUGACUUUGGCUGGUUGGCAUGGCUGCCCACAAGGUAUGCCGCCUUAACUCUCCAGACCCCUUCCCUGGACCUGGACUCUCCUCUGCCUCGGACCUUCUCUCAGGCUCCACCGCACGUCAAUCAAAGCCCAGAAAAGCAAAGGGGUUGAGUCCUGGCUGCUAAGCAACGGUAGAAGGCGGGAAGUUUGAACGUCAUGGCACCGCCCCCCAGUGCGAACGGACCAAUCAGCGCCCCGACUUCUGCGUCGGUCAUCCCCGCCUCCCUCUGGCCCUGUUAGAUCUCUAGACGGGAUCCGGGCCUCGCGGACCGCCAGUGGCUCGGAGGGCGGGACCUGCGCGCGCAUCCCCCUCACGGGCUGGCCGCCCCUCCCGCAGGCUCUCUGCGGUUGGUCAGUGGGGCAGUGUCGUACGCCUUGCGAGCCAGGUGACGAAAAAGGCGGGAAAACAGAGUUGGCAGUGGCGGGUAGUGGGGAGAAGAGCGUGAGGCUGUGAGAGGGGAUGUGGGGACAGAGGCAGUCAGAUCCCUCAGGCCUGCGCGUGACAGAACCGAGGGUGCGGCGCGUGGAGUUUCGCAGAGCGCUUUAGCGGCGUAGCUGAGGAGUGCGCCCCUGGGAGUGCCCCCAGGCUGUCCCCGCGGCCCUCCGCGCCCCGCCCCGCGCCUCCCGGGAGUCCCCGGGUUCUCUUUCGCUGAGUGGAAGCCCCCUCCUGAGCCCCUUCACGUUGUGCCCCCGCAGAGCCGCGAAGCACAUGGCCUCCCACGCGGCGGCGCCGCAGGGAUCGGGACCCGGGGCGGCCCCAGCCGGCUGCCCCAGCCCCGACCCCGCGCUGGGCCCCGAGGAAGCCGAGGACGAGGACGAGGCGCCGGCCGAGGUGCAUCUGUGUGUGCUGUGGAACUCAGGACAGCUGGGCAUUGCCUACUAUGACACCAGCGACUCAGCCAUCUACUUCAUGCCAGACGCGCCAGACCACGAGAGCCUCAGGCUUCUGCAGAGAGUUCUGGAUGAAAUCAAUCCCCGGUGUGUUGUUACAAGUGCCAAACAGGAUGAGUAUAUGACUCACUUUCUACAAAGGCUUGCCUCUCAGGAACACAGAGAGCCAAAGAAACCUGAAAUCAUAUUACUGCCAAGUGUGGAUUUUGGUCUGGAGAUAAGCAAACAGCGCCUCCUUUCCGGAAACUACUCCUUCAUCCCAGAGUCUAUGACAGCCACUGAGAAAAUCCUCUUCCUCUCCUCCAUUAUUCCCUUCGACUGCCUCCUCACAGUUCGGGCACUCGGAGGACUGCUCAAAUUCCUGGGUCGGCGAAGAAUUGGGGUGGAACUGGAAGACUCUAACAUCAGCGUCCCUAUCCUGGGCUUUAAGAAAUUUGUGUUGACCCAUCUUGUGAGCAUAGAUCAAGACACGUACAGUGUUCUACAGAUUUUUAAGAGCGAGUCUCAUCCCUCAGUGUACAAAGUGGCUAGUGGACUGAAGGAGGGGCUCAGCCUCUUUGGAAUCCUCAACAGAUGCCGCUGUAAGUGGGGAGAGAAGCUGCUUAGGCUGUGGUUUACUCGCCCGACUCAGGACCUGGGGGAACUCAAUUCCCGUCUGGACGUCAUUCAGUUUUUUCUGCUGCCCCAGAAUCUGGACAUAGCUCAGAUGCUGCACCGGCUCAUGAGUCACAUCAAGAACGUGCCCACUGUGUACAGUGCCCUGGGCCUGAGGGAUGCCUGCCGCUCCCUGCCCCAGUCCAUCCAGCUCUUCCGGGACAUUGCCCAGGAGUUCUCCGACGACCUGCACCACAUCGCCAGCCUCAUUGGGAAGGUGGUGGACUUCGAGGGCAGUCUUGCUGAGAAUCGCUUCACCAUCCUCCCCAACAUUGAUCCCGAAAUUGAUGAAAAAAAACGAAGACUGAUGGGUCUCCCCAGUUUCCUCACAGAAGUUGCUCGGACAGAGCUAGAGAAUCUGGACUCUCGUAUUCCUUCCUGCAGUGUCAUCUACAUCCCUCUGAUUGGCUUCCUUCUUUCUAUUCCCCGCCUGCCUUUUAUGGUAGAGGCCAGUGACUUUGAGAUCGAGGGACUGGACUUCAUGUUUCUCUCAGAGGAGAAGCUGCACUAUCGCAGUGCUCGGACCAAGGAGCUGGAUGCGCUGCUGGGGGACCUGCACUGCGAGAUCCGGGACCAGGAGACCCUGCUGAUGCACCAGCUGCAGUGCCAAGUGCUGGCACGGGCCGCCGUCCUGACCCGAGUACUGGACCUGGCCUCACGACUGGACGUCCUGCUGGCCCUCGCCAGCGCUGCCCGGGACUACGGCUACUCAAGGCCCCGUUACUGCCCUGGACUCCACGGGGUUCGAAUCCAGAACGGCAGACAUCCUCUGAUGGAGCUGUGCGCCCGGACCUUUGUGCCCAACUCUGCGGAAUGCGGCGGGGACAGAGGGAGAGUCAGAGUCAUCACCGGGCCCAACUCCUCCGGGAAGAGCGUAUACCUCAAGCAGGUGGGCCUCAUCACCUUCAUGGCCCUGGUGGGCAGCUUCGUGCCAGCAGAAGAGGCCGAAAUCGGAGCGGUUGACGCCAUCUUCACCCGAAUCCACAGCUGCGAGUCCAUCUCUCUCGGCCUCUCCACCUUCAUGAUCGAUCUCAACCAGGUGGCGAAAGCAGUGAAUAAUGCCACCCAGCGGUCUCUGGUCCUCAUCGAUGAAUUUGGAAAGGGAACCAACACGGUGGACGGCCUCGCCCUGCUGGCGGCUGUGAUCCGACACUGGCUGGCGCUGGGGCCCACGUGCCCCCACGUCUUCGUGGCCACCAACUUCCUAAGCCUCGUGCAGCUCCAGCUGCUGCCGCAAGGGCCUCUGGUGCAGUAUCUGACUAUGGAGACCUGUGAGGAUGGGGACGAGCUCGUCUUCUUCUAUCAGGUGUGCGAAGGGGUUGCCAGCGCCAGCCAUGCCUCCCACACAGCGACCCAAGCGGGGCUUCCGGACAGGCUCGUGGCUCGUGCCAAAGAGGUUUCGGACUUAAUCCGCAGCGGAAAACCCAUUCAACCUGUCCGGGAGCUGCGGAAGGAGAACCAAAUGGCGCAGUGUCAGGCACUGGUGGAGAAGUUUCUGGAGCUGGAUUUGGAAGACCCCGGCCUGGACCUGGACGUUUUCAUGAGCCGGGAAGUGCUGCCUGCUGCCGCCUCCGUCCUCUGAGUCCGCCCUCUGCCCUCCUCGUUUCCUGACUGCCUCCCAUCCCCUUCAGACCCCAAGUUUGGUUGCCUGGAAAGUUUGGCUUAUUAUCAGGAAUAAAGAGUCCAUCUUGGAUGAA